AUUUAUCACAAUUGAUAGUAGUAUAUGGUGUAUCGUCGAGUGUACAACCUUGCUUCAGCGUCUAGCCGCAACAUAAUAUUAUAUAUUUAUCAAUAUAUAAGAUAAAUAAGUAAAAAAUAGCCGUUUAAAAUGAAGGCUACAUUAGCAGCGCUGAUGUUGUGUAUCUCCAGUGGGUUUGCUUACAAGAUCCUGUGCAUCCUUCCUGUACCUUCGAAGAGUCAUGAUCAUCUGUCUCUUGGUAUCGUGAAGCCACUUCUGAAGGCUGGUCAUCAGGUGACAUGGGCCACCCCGUAUGAGAAGAAGAAUAUCCAUGAAAACUUGACUGUGAUAGAACUGAAGGAGAUUCGGGAAUUUGUUGAAUCGGUGGACAUCAUGAGUAAAACCGACCUGGGCUUCCAAUACAUGAGGAACUUCGCCCGGAACAUCUCCAUCGGCACUGCUCAGCAUCCUGUGCUGCAGCGGGUGCUGGUGGAACAGCAGUUCGAUGCUGUGGUCUCUGUCUGGUUCAUGAACGAAUUUGAGGCUGGCUACGCAGCCAUCCAGCAAGUACCCUGGAUCCUGGUGAGCUCCGUGGGCUACCACCCUCACCUGGAGAAGCAGGUGGACCAGGUCAGGUCCAUCGCCACCGUGCCGCUAGCAUUCAACGACAACGGAGACCGACCCAUGCCUACUGUGAGGAGGUUCAUCAAUGGCCUGAUCUAUAUGAUCAUGAAUUUCGAUGAGUGGUUCGACAAACCCACCCUAACCUCUACUUACGAGUCCCUCUUCAGUCCCCUAGCUGCCAGAAGAGGUGUACCCCUCCCCCCCUUCGAAGACGCUUACCACAACGUGUCCAUACUCCUGGCGAACUCCCACGAGUCUAUUGGGUACCCCAUGAGCUUACCACCGAAUGUUAUUAAUAUAGCUGGUUAUCAUAUUGAAGAACCUGCGCCGUUGCCUAAGGAUCUUCAAGACUUGCUGGACGGAUCACCUCAAGGCGUGAUCUACUUCAGCAUGGGCUCCAUCCUACGCUCCGCAGCCCUAAAGCCUCACACCCGGGAUGCUCUGCUGAAACUCUUCGCCUCCCUCCCUUACACCGUGCUGUGGAAGUUUGAGGAGCCUCUGAAGGACCUCCCUCCUAAUGUCCACGUCAGGUCUUGGAUGCCUCAACUUAGUAUACUUGUGCACAAGAACAUCCGUCUAUUCAUCACCCACGGUGGACUCCUCAGCACGUUGGAAGCGGUCUACGCUGGAGUACCACUCCUGGCCAUACCGGUGUUCGGAGACCAGCCCUCGAAUGCUGAACGCGCUGAACUAGCUGGGUACGCUGUUAAGGUGGACUUCAAAGAUGAUAUGGUACCUGAUGUGGAGGCAGCGCUGAAGAAGAUGCUUAGUACUGAUGUCUACUACAACAAAGUGAAGCAGAUUUCUAAAACAUUCCGUCAGCGCCCGGUUCCACCAUCAGACCUGGUAAACUUCUACAUAGAGUUGGCUAUAGAGACCCAAGGUGCAUAUCACAUUCGUUCACCAGCGCUGGAAUACAAAUGGUAUGAGCUAUGGAUGCUCGACUUUGUCCUCAUUGUACUAACCAUACUUGUCCUGUUCAUCACGCUUGUCAUACUUGCCGUAACUGGCUGUCUCAGAAGAAUACUAGGCAAGAAGCAGAAGAGACUAGCGCUUAAGAAGAGGAAUUAGUUUUAAGUUAGUGUUAAGUGUA